GACAUGUUGCUUCUUGUUAUUUUCCUAUGCAUGAUAACGAUUCUUUUAAGAAAAUAUAAAGGAAAGCUAAUAAUGUUAACACUUCCACUUUAAAACUUGAUUUUUCUUCACAGCACUAUUACCUUCACUAACAUCAGAGCACUUCAAGCCCAUCCUCUAGCUUUCGUCUCGAUCUUCUAAGUUCCUUUUCCACGUUACAAAGAAAUGGCCGAAGGAAUGCUCCUUGCCGUUGCACAAAAAAUCACUGAAGAUUUGGGCUCUUGGGCUUUCCAAGAGAUCGGAUCGCUUUGGGAUGUCGAAGCUGGACUUGAAAACAUCAAGAAUACCGUUUCCACGAUUCAAGCUGUACUUCAGGAUGCAGCAGAGCAGCAGAGUCGUAGCCAUCAAGUCAAGGACUGGCUCGAAAAGCUCAAGGACGCAGUUUAUGAAGUAGAUGACUUGUUGGGUGAGUUCUACACUGAAGCUUUACGACGAGGAGGGAUAACUGGGAAUAUUACAAAAAAGGUACGCGAUUUCUUUUCAACUGAUUCAAACCCAGUUGUUUUUCGUGUACAGAUGAGUCGUAAAAUUAAUGCGAUGAAGCAGAAACUAAAUGCAAUAGCGGAAGAUAGGAAAAUGUUUCACUUAAAAGAAUACCAUGUAGAGCCACCUGUGAGAAUGGAUAGGGAAGAGACUCACUCAUUUGUAGCUAAUGUAAAAGUUAUUGGGAGAGAAGAUGAUAAAGAGGCCAUCAUAAGACUGUUGUUGGAGCGUAAUAAUGAAGAGAAUGUUUCAAUUGUUCCUAUAGUGGGGAUUGGUGGGUUAGGAAAAACCACACUUGCUCAAUUUGUAUACAAUGACAAGAACAUCAAAGAACAUUUUGAGCUAAAAAUGUGGAUAUGUAUAUCUGAUGUCUUUGAUGUGAAAAUGAUUAUUCAAAAAAUAAUAUCGGCUACUGGUAUGGAACCUGUAGACCAUAGCAUGGAUAAAUUACAAGAUCAACUUCGUAAAAUAAUUGAUCAAAAGAAGUACUUACUUGUCUUGGAUGAUGUGUGGAAUGAGGAUCCUCACAAAUGGGAUAGUUUGAAAGAUCUUUUAGUGGGUGGCGCUAAGGGAAGUAAAAUUGUAAUAACUGCACGUGCAAGAUUGGUAGCAGAGAUUACAUGCCCAGCUUCAAUAUACACUCUUAAAGGUCUCAAUGAAGAACAGUCUUGGUUGUUAUUCAAGCAAAUAGCAUUUAGAAAAGGGCAAGGGCAAGGGACCAAUAAUCCUAGACUAGAAGAAAUUGGAAGGGAAAUUGUGCGCAAAUGUCAAGGGAUACCCCUUGCCAUAAAGUCUAUAGGAAAUGUAUUGCGCUUGGAAAAAACGGAGCAUAAAUGGUCAUAUGUCAAGAAUAAUAUACUAGAAAUUGCAACUCAACAAAAAAAUGACAUUUUUCCAAUUCUAAAGUUGAGUUACGAUCAUCUUCCAUCACAUUUAAAAAGUUGUUUUGCCUUUUGUUCCUUGUUUCCUAAAGAUUAUGAGAUUGAUAAGGUGACACUCAUACAACUAUGGAUAGCGCAAGGUUUUAUCCGACCAUCAAACAAAAACCAAGAAUUAGAAGAUGUUGCAGAUGAGUAUUUCAAAGAUUUGCUUUGGAGGUCCUUCUUUGAAGAAGUGACAAAUGAAAAGGGAGAAUUAAAAUACAAGAUGCAUGAUUUAAUUCAUGAUCUUGCAGAAUUAGUUACAGGGGCAGAGUGCACAAUAAUUACUUUGGAUCGAAACAAUUUUGAUGAAAAAACUCGUCAUGUGUCACUUCCAUUUUAUAUUGACUCAUCUUUUAUUGAAACAUCAGGUUUGCUGGUUAGAGCAGAGAAGUUACGUACAUGUCUUCUAACAUUUACUCCUAGUAUGGCUUAUAGAGCGGGAAAAAUAGAUGAAUCAAUGUUGAAUAAACUUAUUAUGAGUUGUAGAAGAUUGCGUGCAUUGGGUUUAUGUGGAGUGCAUAUUGAGAGAGUGCCAGAUUCUAUUGAAAAGUUUAUACAUCUUACUUACCUUGAUUUUUCUGAGAAUGAUGGUAUUGAAACUCUCCCUAAUACUAUUUCUAGACUUUGGAAAUUGCAAACACUAAAAGUCAAUGGUUGUCGGAAACUUAAAGAAUUACCUAGAGACAUUAGAUUUUUGGUUGGCCUCAGGCAUCUUGAGAAUAGCAAUUGUUGGCUUUUGAGUCAUAUGCCUAAUGGAUUAGGACAAAUGACAUGCCUACAAACGUUAUCAUCAUUUGUUGUGAGAGACAACCAAGCUUCUACCUCUGGGCCCAUUAGUAGUGGGCUAGACGAAUUGAAUUCGCUAAACUCCCUGAGAGGAGAACUACAAAUCUCAAAUUUGAGAUGUUUGGAAGAUGUUUAUUCAGAACCCAAUGCUGCCAAUUUAAGGGCAAAACUGUAUCUUGACCGGUUGACAUUAUUAUGGCAUGCAAAUAAUCCUCUUUUUUGUUCUAAUGAUGACAACGAUGGUGAUGAGAAGUUAUUAGAAGGCCUCCAACCACACCAAAAUCUUAGAUUUUUGUCUGUGAAUGGGUAUGGGGGUGUGAGAUUUUCAAGUUGGCUUUCUUUGCUCACAAAUCUGGUUAAUUUAUCUAUAACUGGUUGUAAGAGAUGUCAACAACUUCCACCAUUGUCUCAACUCCACUCUCUGAAACGUCUAUCUCUUAUUAAUAUGGAAGUUUUGGAGUACAUAUCAGAUGGUGGUAUAAAUGAGGAGGUUCCUACUUCAUCCUUCUUCCCAUCGCUGAAGUCCAUUUAUAUUUCCCAAUGCCCUAAUCUGAAGGGAUGGUGGAGGAGCACAUCAACAACAGAUCGCCAACAACAUCCGCAUCACCAGUCACUGCCUUCAUUCCAUCAUCUUUCUGCUUUACAAAUUCGGGUUUGCCCUAAUCUAACUUCCCUGCCUCCAUUUCCGUAUCUUGAAAAAAGUCUAUAUUUGGAAAGAGUCAGUUUGAAACCUUUACAACGGACAAUAGCAAUAAAUUCGUCACUUCCUUCUUCCUCCUCUUUCUUGUCCUCUCCUCUCUCCAAAUUAAAGUCUAUGGCUUUAGUUUCUAUAAAGGAUACAGAGGCUCUACCAGACGAGUGGAUGUCAAACCUGAGUUCUCUCAAGGAACUAUACAUACAAGGAGGCCCUAAGCUGAAAUCUCUAUCUCUAGCCGUGCCCCAUCUCACCUCACUCGAGGACUUGGAGAUUUGUAGUUGUGAGCUGUUUGAUUCGAUUAGUGACAUGGGUGAUGAUGGCACCGAAUGGCAGCAUCUUAAAUGCCUCAGUUCUCUGAGUUAUCGCAACGUUCCCAAUUUGAAGUCUAUUCCUUCCGGGCUUCAACAUGUUACUGCUCUGCGAAAGCUUGUGAUUUCUAAUUUUCCCAAUUUGACGAUUUUCCCAAAGCUCACCUCAGUUGUAUACCUUCAAAUUUCAUGGUGCCCCAACCUAACAUCAAUUCCCAAUAAUAUCAGUAAUCUCAUGUCCCUCGAAGUACUUCACAUUUCCUAUUGUCUAAAUCUCAUAUCACUUCCUGAUGAGAUGCUUUCUCUUAAGUCUUUACAAAAGCUAAUAAUUCAAAGAUGUCCUGACUUAGCGAAAAGAUGUGAAAAGGGAAUUGGGGAAGAUUGGUUCAAAAUCGCUCACGUCCCUGUUAUUGAAAUUCGGGAUUGGUGAUUUUAUAUGCUGAAAAAAUGUGAACCAGUCCAUUUUUCAGUCGGUUCCUCUUGGGCUACCUCAAGAACACUAGCCCUCUCAGCCUCGACCAUGCCACUCGCAACAUAACCUCUGUGAGGAGUCAAGGAUUCAAUGGACAUACUAAGAGUUCUGUUAAGAAGAAUAUAGGCAGGUUUGGAAUAUAAAAACAGCAAAGAGUUGGUUGUUUAUCCAAAACGAGUUGGUAUUGCAAUUAUCAAGCCACAACCGAAAAAUUAAGUGGUAUGGUGAUUUUCUCAGUUAUAGGAGUCUGUAUGCCAGAACUUUGAAUACUUAGACAGACAAGAUUUCAGUAGUUUAUGUGUCUUCCAACCAUUGGUAAAAACGAAUAUGCAGCAACUAGCAAAAAGUAAAUUGGUAACUCAACUUUUACUGGUUACAUGACAAAAGCCACCAAUAUUUUCUCUUAAAGCUAUAUGAAGGUGCUGCAUCAACAGUCAGUGCAGGGCUUGUGCUUUUGUGCAGUAGAGUGGAGAAAAAAAGGAAUGUUGCCUCCAGCAUGCUAAAGAUCUAUCUUUGUGUCAUCAACAAGCAUUUUGAUGUUUGAGGCUAAGACAUAUCACAUUCUUGAUCUGAAUCAUUUUCUCAAGUCAUUAAGGACAUUAUGAUGUAAAUUCUGUUUACAGUGUGUUUAGGCUGAUUCCUAUAUGGGUAUUAUAGAUGACCAUCAAGUUCUUGUACAGCCUCAGGUGGAUAUCAGAGAAUAUGGAUCUGUUACUGAUAAUCAACUUGCUACAUCAUUUCUCUUUAAGGAACAAGAUCUAUGAAUCUAUCAUAAUGAACAUUUUAGCUCAGAAUUUAUCUAGCAUUACUUAGGUAUGACAUUUUAUAAAUGGACAGAGCUUUUACUACCCCUAGUAAUCUCUCUCUCUCUCUCUCCGAAUUGUCUGUCUCUUCUUGUUAUGCUGGCGGCAGGUAACCUGACUAAGCAACUGUCAGAAUCAUUCACACCUGAUAAUGCCAUCAGGUUUAGUCCAUGAUCAAUUCGACAACAAUUAAAUGGUUUUCAUUCCAAGGAACCACUUUCCUUCUUUGGGUAUGCUUUUUAUCAUCAUUUUUUUUAUUCUAUCUUAGCCAAUAACCUUGCAGUCUGACAUCUGCCUUUAUCUGAAGUAUAAGUGGAGUGCCAGGAGUGAGGUGGUCUGGUUAAAACUCCCAAGUAAAUAUUUCAAAAUGAAGAAAUUUUUCAGAAACUAGCUUUUCCUUGGAGAUGAGAGUAAAGAAUGAUGUAGCUGAGCACCAGCCCAACCUGCCACAACUCAUAACGUCAACAUGUAGUUCCUUCAUGACUAUGGUCUUUGAUUGUUGAUUUUGUUGCAGGAGUUUCGAACAAAUUCAUUAUUUGAGGCUGAUGCAACAAGUGAAACAUCCGUCGCUGACCUCUCUCGCUUCAUUCCCAAUAUGCCGUCUUCACCAUCAGUGCCCCCAUGUUAUCAGCAAUGGGUAGCUUUUGGAAACAGUAACCUCUCACUCUGUGUUUUGAGAAGAAAUAUGUAACAAUACAAUUGCCACCAAUAUCAUCUCUUAACAACGUGAAUUAGUAGCUGCAUCAACAACUUGAUUAGAAUUUGUGCUUUUGUGGAAUA